AUGAAUAGUUUUGGAUUUGUAGCCGCUUUGGCGGUGGUUUGUUUGGCUAAGGUCGAAGCAGUACCAUGUGGUGGAUGUCCAUUACCUUGCUAUGCACCACCAUUAGCUCCUCCAUGCCUUCCACUCCCAUGUCUUCCAGUCCCACCAUGCUGUCCACCCCCAUGUCUUCCAGCCCCACCAUGCUAUCCACCCCCAUGUCUUCCAGCCCCACCAUGCUUACCACCCACAUGUCUUCCAGCCCCACCGUGCCCACCGUGCAUUCCAUCUCCACCUAUUAGUCCAGCUGCACUAGCAUCUUUAUUGGCUACCCUUAAAGCUGCAGCACCUUACUCACCCCUUACUCCACUCCCUGUCGCUCCACCAAUGAAACCGGCCUAUGGACCAGCCUAUGGACCAGGCUAUGGACCAGCCUAUGGACCAGCCUCACCAGCCCCAACCGUAGCUACAACCCUGUCGGUUCCCGCACCGGCACCUCAGGUCAUCGCUCCAGGACCAGCACCAGGACCAUUGAUAGUCCAAUUGCCGUCAGUAGCCGGAAAGUGCGCACCGAUCGUCGUUCCCGCCGGUCCAGCCCCUAAUCUGCUUGUCAAGCUGACCCAAUGUCCAGCACCCACCCCAAUCAUACUUCCAGGUGCGGCACCCGGACCUAUUGUCAUCAACGACGGAAACGUAGUUAAAGAACAGUCUAUCACGUGCGCACCAGCUCCACAGUCGAACAAAAUAUUCUUCGCAUUGCCAGCCCCAUUACCGACUCCACCGGUUGUUUUGCCACCAGCGCCAUUACCUAAAGUAUUCUUCAACCCCGGUCUGUACGUCCAAAAACCUGAUAUCGUUUACCAAACCCCAGUUGGUCUACCACAAUUGUUUUUGAUUCCGUCGCCGUACGGAUGUCCAGCACCGUGCUACCCACCACCCGGUCCCUGCAACCUUCCUCCAGUCCUCGCUAAGGUCCCUGCUUGCUGUUGUUAG